AUGUGCUGCGGUCUAAGGCCAUUAACUACGUCGUAUUUACGUCGAUUUUUCCACGAUAAAGUGCAGAACAAGGCGUUAAUACAGUCCACUGGGUUUAUUAACGGUCAAUGGGUCCAAGCGCACUCGAACAACCAUUUUACCGUGAUUGAUCCGUCUACUGAUAAAGAAAUUGCACGUGUUGCUAACAUGGGACGCGUUGAAACCAAUGACGCCAUUGCAGCAGCACUAAAUGCACAGAAGCAGUGGCGCAGAAUGACACCUGCAGGACGUUCUGUCUUGCUCAAAAAGUGGCAUGCAGCCAUUCUGGGCAACACGGAUGAUCUGGCCAUUAUCGCCUCUGUGGAAAGCGGCAAACCCUUACCUGAAGCCAAGGGAGAAGUGGUCUAUGCUGCUAGUUUCAUCGACUUUUUCGCGCACGAGAUUAUGCACUCCAACGGCUUUCUGCCAUCUACGUCGGCACCCGACCACAAGGUCUUGGCGUUUAAGGAACCUGUGGGUGUUUGCGGCAUUGUAACACCCUGGAACUUCCCUCUGGCUAUGAUUACCCGGAAAGUGGGUCCGUGUCUGGCGGCUGGAUGCACUGCAGUUGUAAAACCUGCUGCUGAGACACCACUGUCGGCCUUGGCUUUGUCCAAACUGGCAGAGGACGUUGGUAUCCCGGCAGGUGUCAUUAAUGUGGUACCGUCAUCGAAUGACAAGGCCGCAGAGAUUGGGGAAGCUCUGACCAGCAGCCACGAUGUUCGCAAAAUUUCAUUCACGGGCUCCACACGCAUCGGCAAGUUGUUGAUGAAGCAGUCAGCGGAGACAGUGAAGCGCCUGUCACUGGAACUUGGCGGCAACGCUCCAUUUAUUGUGUUUGAAGACGCAGACGUUGAUAAGGCAUUGGAUGGCUUGAUGGCCUCCAAGUUCCGCAACACGGGCCAGACGUGUGUCUGCAGCAACCGUAUCUUCAUCCACGCAAGCAUUUACGACGAAUUUGCUGCCAAGCUGGUGGAGCGUGUGAACAAGCUUAAGAUGGGCCCCGCUCUCGAGGAAGGCGUGAGACUUGGCCCACUGAUUGGACGUAAUGCGUUUCUUAAGACGUCGGAGCUAGUGGAGGAUGCUAUCACGAACGGUGCGACAGUUCUUGUUGGUGGCAAACGCAGUGACAUCGGACGCAACUUUUAUGAGGCCACCGUUCUCGCUCAUGUGGAUAACUCUAUGCGCGUCUGGAGCGAGGAGGUCUUUGGACCAGUUGUACCACUGUUCAAGUUCUCGAGUGAAGAAGAGGUGGUUGAAAUGGCUAAUGGAACAGAUGCUGGUCUUGCCGGUUAUUUUUUCUCGCAGAACCUGUCUCGCACGUGGCGUGUUGCCUCUGCGUUAGACUGCGGCAUGGUCGGUGUAAAUACGGGCCUGAUUUCGAUGGCGCAGGCUCCGUUUGGUGGUGUAAAGCAGUCCGGACUGGGGCGUGAAGGUUCGUUUAUGGGUCUGGAGGAAUACCAAGAAACAAAGAUGGUCUGUGUGGGCGGACUGAAGGUAUAA